AUGACUCGAAGUGCGAAGAAACCGUGCCUCUGGUUCGUAAUUCUGACUUUGCUGACCUUUGUGGGCUGGGCUCCCACGGACUUCGUGAAGCAUGCGACCUCACAUCGAGGAGGGGCCGUCAGGCUCGCCGCUGCAGGUGAAACGUGGUGGUGUCAAGGUGGUGGCAUAAAUGGGAAGCUGAAAAACUGUUUCGAAGAAAACAUGCAAGUGGAUGGCCUGCCCUUGCUGAAGGACUAUGACACAUACCAGGCAUCCUUACCUGUGAGAGAGCUUCGACAUGGUAGUCUACUCACGUUGUAUCAGCUGCCCUUCUAUGCUAGGAUCACCGACUUGAACAGUUUUGCUGAAAGGAUGAGCAGUGAACUGGGAAUGCGCACCUCUGUUGAUUAUAUCACAGCGGCUUCCCAUUCUGGUAAGUUGGCAUCCGUGUUGGUGGGUUUUUUGCGCUCCAGGGAGCUAGACUCUGGGGGUGGUGCACAGUUGAAUUUCACACAUUAUCUAUACAUGCCAUUUGCCAACAACGGUGGAAAUUAUCAUGGAAGAGUGAGCGAAGCCAAGCUGCAGAGAGCAUGUGGACAAGAUGGUGAGUUGCGCACAGGUUUGGGUGCGGCUUACAUGAGGGAUUGCUUCAGAGCACAAACCUUUGACAGUGACUAUGUUGACGAGUGGCACUUGCCGAAUGCCACACCAACCUUCAGAACCUCGCAGAAGCUGCUUGAGAAGGACGUCUCCACCUUCAUGCAACGCAGUCCAAAAGGCGUGCUUUUGGUGCACGUGGAUGAGCACAGGUCUAUGCGUCCAGACCCAGACUUCCGGAAAGGUGCCAUGAGAGUACUUGUAGAGCUUCCUGGUGUCCAGGUCUUGGCAACCUACACUGACAUUCCACCCCUGCCCAAGCAGAAGUCUUCAGAAACUUGCCGUCGACCGAUCGCACGUUUGCUUCCACAUAUAGGGACAAUCAUGAAGGAGCGCCUAUCCAUGGACGACAUCGACAUGGACAAUGAGGCAAUUCUGCUUCGUGUGGCAACAUUGCGUGUGACACUUGGACUUGCCUUGCAGAAGCUCCUCCUUGCCGGCUUGCACUCUCCAUCUAGUGAGCUAGACCGGCUGUUGGACAAGCUGAACAACACUUUGGUGAAUGCCGGUGACGAUGUCAAGGCAAGGCUUGAGAAGUGCAUCGCACAUUGCAACCAGGCGUGGAUGGAUGAAGUGGCAGGACAGCAGAUCAGCCUGGUCGACUUGCUCUGUGGCAUCAAGGAAAGCGAUAGCAGAGUGCAAGAGAAACGUUUUCCACAGGUUGUAGCGCUGGACGAUAUUCUCACGGCACCGCUGGAGGUUCUACUUCGUGACAGAGACGAUGACUUACUUAGUCUUGCCAACAUGCUACAUCGUUCCUGUCAAGGGGUCUUCAAACAAGCGUUAGAAACGAACCCCAGAGCAGCUGUAACAGCUGGGAAGAUCUUGGAAUCCGCUUAUCUUUGGGUGUUGGCUUGCAGGUCGUGCAAGUUCAGCGGGCUUGAAUUUGACGCGCUGUUGGUUCGGUUUCAGUGCCAAGACAUCCAGCCCGGCUAUAUCUUUCAGAAGAACAGCAAGAUGCUCAACUCUGCCAAAGUCGCAGAGAUGCAGAACGCCAUUCUCUAUUACGCCGAGGGGAACCAUCCGUGUGCCGAUAUUUUCUUCAAGAAUGGCACUGGUGCUUUGUACCUGGUUGACAUGGGUGGCACUGGCAACAUGUCGAAGGCGCUGAACAAGGUUCAGAAAAUGAGUGAUGUUCUUGUCAAGGAAGGUUUGCGUGAGGACUUGCAAGUGAGUAAAUUACAAGGUGUCGUCCUGCUACCAAACAUUGUGAGUAUCGGCCUGGAAAAUGAAGGAAUCAUCUCAAAAGCCAUCACCGUCACAGGAACAAGAGCCAGAGAACACUCUGGAAAGUCUGGCUCCACAGUGCUGAACUCAGUGAGAGUCACGGGAACAAAACGCGACGAGUUGUCGGGCAGAUGGGCCAACAUGAGGCCCGGCAUCUUCUCUUCCUCCCAAGAAGUGGAGGUGGCCUGGGUGGUUCCAAUGUCCUUGAUGGAACACUACUGGAAGAAGAGGGACAGCUUCGCACCACGCAGGCAUUCGGUGGACGCUUUAGGGACCAUCGACAGCGCGCGCCAGUCCCUGCUGGAUGAGUUUGGAGACCCAGGGGGACGGUGCCGUGGCGUGGAUUCGAAGAAGUUGCAGAUGCUGGGCAUCUCCUUGAAACGGCACGAACAUCGGAAUCAGGUGGCAAUCCGAAGCUGGACGGCUGGACCGCAACACCUUUGUUGCACCUUCAACCUGGACUUUGGCAUCGUGAUCGGGCUGGCACCUUUUUCACGGUCUUUUUCCUGGCUGUUGUGUAUGUCUGCCUGGUGGCUCUUCUUCCUUGUCUACUCCUUUGUGAUCUUCUCUGUCGAGGGCGACGGCAACAGCAACUCAGCGUCGAGCACUGCGGAGGUCCCGAGCCAAGGCACGUCGUGCCUGGCACGACCAUCGCAAAGGCCUGACUCCGCUGAGUUCUGCAAGACUCAGGAAAGUUCUUGGAACACUGCUGUCCCAUCACUCCAAGGACUUUGGCUUCCUUUGCAAGAUCCAUCGAGAGAUGACGAGCUCACAGGCAUCUGGGUGGCUUUGUGGCUUUUGCAAGAAAAUGCGCUCGCCGAGCGCCUGGUACUGCGACCUGUGUGGUCAGAGUUGGGAGAGCUGUGCAGUCCCUACGGCCAAGCAGGGUGGACAGAAAGCAGACCAGUGGAAUUCUUGGCAGACUGCGAACACUGCUUCGAGGACGAAGAGCCCAAGGCAGCGGAGACAGUCGUCAAGAUGCAGCAGACGUCCUCUCCAAUGCCUCCUGGAUGGGAUCUCAAAGGGCUUGGAAAAGGAACUCCACAGAGCUUUCAGCAGCUUCCAAUGCCUGCACCAGCACCAUUGCCGCCGCCACCGCCUAUGAUGAGUGGUUAUCCGUCACCGCAAGGCGUUCCAUGGCUUCAUCAACACAUGCCUGCUAUGCCGUCCAUGCAUUUCCUGCCACAACAGUCAGAAGCAGAUGCAAUGGAGGAAGCGGAAGAGCGGAAAGCGGCACUCAGUGCACAACAAAAGCUCAACAAGAUCGUCAAGGCGGCCAAGAAAGAAGACAAUCUGUCUUCGGAAUUCCAGUCUCUUGUGCACGCAGAGAUGAAGAAAGACGACAAGGAGAGCACCAACAAUUUGUUGGCAGCGGUCAGAGCAAAUGGGAAGGCGAAAGAAGCCCUCUUGGAAGUGGAAUCAUCAAGAAUGCAACUCUGGUCUCAGUGGAAAGUUUUCUUGCAACAAUCCGUGGUCAAGUGGAAAGAAUACACGUCUCAAUUUCAAGCAUCGGAAGCUGCUUUCCAGUCCAAGAUGCAAGAAGCCACCCUGCACCUGCGACGUACGCAGAGGAGAGUGGACAUUGCCAAGAAGCGAGCAGAUGCUAUGAACAAGGACGAGGACAUCAGCCUCAUCACGGAAGACGAGAUGGAAGACUCAGAAGCCAGAGAAGAAGAAGAGAUUCCAAGAGACGAAAACGCACAGAAAAUCCAGGAAGGAUUGAACAAUGUAGUCUCCAGCCUCACGGAGCUCUCGGACUCAGCAGACAAACUGGAGCCGAAGCCCAAAAGACCUCGUACAAGGGACGACGAGAACCCAGGAGACUCAAAGGCUGGUGGGCGACAGCCCUCUUUGCAGCCUUUUCGCAAGGCCGACGGAGCUGAACCAACGUUUAUGUCCCCGUGGAGUGCAAUUGAAACAGCGUCAGACUUAGCAUGUGAGAUGGGUUAUGACUCCAAGCUUCGUAUUGACCAAUUUGUUCUACCAACACGUGGCGACGUUGAUGUUGAAGUUCGUGAGAAACAGCCUUGCAAAGUUGUUCGUUUUGCCGAAUCGCCCCAGGCCUUUCAGGGGAAAGGCGCUCCUGAACAGUUCCCGCAGGAGAGUGUACGGCAUUACGAUGGACAACCAAUAUCACAAUUUUGGCAUUCACCACGCAGUUGCCCCAUUGACCCAACCGGCGGCAGCAAGUCUCAAGCAUCUAGUUCCCGGGAUGCAACAUCAUCAUCGAAUCGACAUUUUCUGGACAGAAGAUUGCCACAAGAACUACCAAACUAUGUGAAUCAUCUACAGCAUCUUUGGCGUGACAAUCACCUGAGGAUUGCUGAGGGAGAACAUUAUUGUGUGCGCACAUGGUACAUUCAUCAUACUCAUCAUCCAGUCUGGCGAGUACCACGAUUCAUUGACUUGACAGAGGAUGUCUUGACAUGGCAUCGUAAGGUGCUUUCUUCCUGGUCAGACCACAUCCAUAAUGAUGAGUUGCUCAACAUUGCCAUUGCGACCCCAGAAGUUCGCGUCCAAACGACGCACAAACAACAUCAUGCCGAUCUCGUCCUGAUUCAAGGUGAUCCUGAACGUAAAGGGGCUAUCAUCACUGUCUAUCCUCCAGGAGUUGAAGAACAUCUGAGCACCACUCUGGCAGUUUCCUUGCCUGAGCAUGUCAGUGGAAUGGACGUCAUUACUGGAGCGGAGGCACAAGAUCUUCUACUUUCGCAUGCCUGUGAUGUCUUUCAUGCCGGAUUUCAACUGCCGAUUGGGACAGAAGCUUUACAAGGACUUUGGAUCCACCAACUUCAUCAGCCUGCUCAUCACUGUUUUGUGAGAUGGACAACCUACAAUGUCAUCCUCUUUGACGCGUUACAGUCGGUUGGACUCCAUCGUGAUCUUGCUGUUGGUUUUCAUUAUGUUCAGGCGCCGCUAGUCGAUCAACAUGAAGCAGAAGAAUCCAUCAUCAUUCAACGGGUUGGAGACAUUGAAGGUGGAUCGCCGGCAAAGCUGGUCAUUGUAGAUCUCACUUUUGCUGGUCAACUUCAAGGAUCUCCCACAUAUCAUAGACGAGUUCAAGUUUUCCCGAGGCAUCUCAGUAGAACUGGAGUCCUUCAGGAACUGAACUUGGCAGACCCUUGCGUCAUUGAGGCAGAUCGGUGCACACUACAUCUCAACAAUGCACUGUGGGCAAAAGAGGAUGCAGCUCCGCGUGAACUUGCUCAUGGUGCAUAUUUGAGACUUGAGGUAAGGCUGCGCAAUGACGAGCAAGAGGUCAAGGUACAAUCUGCUACACAGUGCAGUAGACCAUUGAAGAAGUCGAAGCAUGGAGAUACUAUUGAUUCUGGAGACGGAGCGUCAUUUUUCCAGACCGGUACUGGGCAUACUGUCCAACACAGUUCCGCUUUUCCAAGUUUGGCCAGUACGAGAACUGACUCAGGCACAGGUGUGACUAGGCCUGCACACAUCCCACAAAUGGAUGCCAGAGCAUGGAUGGUGCCUGCAAGAGCAGCAUUUCGUCAAUGUGCGGAAGUGGAACAUGAAGAUGAAGGUCCAGUCAUUUACUGGAAAACCUGGUAUCUCCAUUAUCAAAGAUACACAAGGAACUCAGAGUCGCGCACUCUUCGCUUGGAUGAGGCACGACAAUUUUGGUUCCCAGAACUCUGUGAUCUCUGGCGUGAUGCAAUGGACCCAUUUGCCCCGGCCAGGGUCAUCUUUGUGCAUCCGAACCCUCCAGAGACGGACAAUCCACAACACAUUGGGCACUUGAUUCUGGUUCAAGGUCAAGGACCCGGUGUACCGGUUCUGGUUUCUGGACUAUUUGAACAUCCUAUCCAUCGUCGUGUAUGGCACUUUGCAGCUCUCGCUGAGGAGUUCGCGACGAAGCAGGAAAUUCUGGACAUACUGGGCAUUCAGCGAUGGUGUGAUAGGAGAGAAUGCACCUGCACUUAUGGAGGAGUGAUGCUUGCAGGUGAAGAAUUGGCCAGGUUGCAAGAUGGCGACAGUGUGGUCACGAGCAUUGGCAGCCCAACCAUUGGCCAAAGCAGUGAUGUCACAUCAUUGAUGCAAUCAUCAGGUCCUCCUGGCCCCUCCAUUUCACCAGCUUCGACCGGAGCUUCACAAGCUGUAACCGGACAUCAUUGCCCAGGUUUUCAAUUCAAUCCAGAUGCACCAGCAUUCGAUCCAUCAACACCGGAUCUGCGUACUCUCUCAGAAUUCAUGGCGGAUCUAUGGGAGAGAUGGGAUGCAGUCGCCUUUGCGUGGGAGGAUGAGGACAAGUCCACGACGUUGGCGACGUGGUUUGUGGAUCACCGAUGGGGGCAGCCACAUGGUUUCGAGGAGCGUCGACAACAACUUUUCAAGGACUAUGCCAACUGGGAAGAUCAAAUUCAGAGAAGAUGGCAUGACCUUUGGGAUGUCAAUGCUGAACAUGAAUUCCAUGUUGUCGAGCCCCAACCUCCAUGCAACACUGCGGAUGCGGAGAUCCAUGUGAUUGUCAUUCAGCACCCCAAUCCAAGCUGGGUCACCAACUUGGUCACCCAGGAGGAAAGUACUAGACGGGACAAUGACAAUUACUGGCGCAUGGCUGUCACCACACAUGAACACAUAUGGCCUGAAAACAUUCUGCUUGCCACGCAGAUGGCCCCAUUCUGCAGAGGAGACGGAGCACAAUGGGAUUGUGAGGUAUGGAUUAGCAAUCGACCAAUCCAAAUGGACAGAGUUUUCCAGGGCCGAAGUGGUUACAGCAUCAUCCUACGUCUUCGACCAUUAUUGGUUAUCGUCCAAGGAUUGGAACCAGUGCAAAUGCAAGAAUCAGAAGAUGAAGCCAAUCUUUUGCAGAUUGCUUCUACACAGCGUCAUAGUCACGCCAGAGUCAGGGAUGAGCGCCUAACUGACAGAUUGGUGGCGCAUGACUGUCGGCCAUCCGAGACUCGAACACUGCAUUUAGCCGAGCUGCUAGCUCCACCGUUGAGCCAUCCUGACACCGACAUGAAUGGAGAUGAGACGCGGCUGACGGCCGUACGUCUGCUCUCUGGUGCAGAUGAACUCCAAGUCCCGCACUAUGUGGAAGUGAAAAUUGAUUAUACAGCAGAAGAUUUGGUGGCCGAGCUACGACAUUGGGGACUUCACUGCCAAGUCAUCCAGUUUGGACUGCAUGAGAGUUUUCUAUGCUUGCCAGUCGACCACACUUUUGAGUCGAACAGACACUUCUUCAUGUUUGCCAAUGAUGACACAUCAGAUGACCAUGGAAUUUUUCUACAUGCACAUCAUGAAGAGCUGGAUCAUCGUGGAAUUCUACGCUUACUGGAUCAGAUGGAUUAUCCGCGAGCAGUGAUCAUCUCAGAUGUAUCACUUCCGUGCGGACUGCGACAGAUUCGCUUUCGCAACGUUGUUCCCACUUUUGCAGCCCCGCCACGACCCAUGCGAUCACGUACCGCAUGGCCGGACCGCACAGUUGAUGAGUGGCAAGAACGAAAGCUUUUCCCACUGACCAGGCACAAUGAGGUCUCCACACAACGCAUCACCACAGGUUUCAAUGAUCAAGAUGUCCAGGAGCUUGUUGAUGCUGGUGCGCAUUUUCUUCAGACCAGUUUUGAGGGCAUUGAUCUUCCUGACUUUGUCAUGGAGAAGGUGAAUGUCACGCGCACGCAGCAGAAGUAUGACCGAUGGCUCAUUUACACCGAUGGUUCCUCGCAAUCCACACUACGUCGGAUUGCCCCAGAACGGGUCGAUGAGCUAGGUGUACCUGAUACAUGGGCCAUGCUUGUCCUCGGUGAGAAGUUCCUACAAGAUGGUCAAUCUUUGGUCGAACCCAUUGGUUGGUGCACACACCCAGUGAGGUAUGACGCCAAUGGCUCCUGUUACACUCAUGCAACGAGGAUUGGGGCAGAAGUCGCUGAGCGUGACGCGCUGAUUUGGUCGGGGAUUUGGAGGCUCACACAAGAUAGUAUCACCCCAACCAUAUUUUGCUGUGACUCACUGACAUGUGGACGACAAGCGUUCGGUUUAGCAGGCACGGGCGAUGCAGACCCUUCAUACAGAAUGUUAAGGGGCAUUUUCCAAGCACUGGAACAUGGAUUACCACAAGGCCAUCUUCGCCUUCACCAUGUCACUGCGCAUGCAGGCGAUCCGUACAACGAGUUUGUGGACAUAGCCGCCAAAAGAGAAGGACAGCAAAGCUUUCUUCAUCGCCGAGCUGACCUUGAUCUACAAAAGUGGCAGCACAUUUUUCCACAUCUAUGGUUGUGCUUCGCCAGUGAGAGUGGACUACCCCCAUGGCGAGAUGGACAUCUUGCAGUCGAGCUGCCGAAGUUGCCGUCCUCCCACCCAUGUGAAGAAGGACAUGAUGGACAAGGACACACAGAGGUUUUUGACUGCACUUUGAGCAUGGCAUCUGCAAAUGUGUUGUCUCUGUCACGAGGCCCACAAGGACACUCCGGAAAAUUGCAUUACUUAUAUGCACAAAUGCAGUCUUUUGGUCUUCAUGUUUUGGGAGUCCAAGGAAGCAGAUCGGAUGAGGGAGUCACGACUUCAUACAAGAUACUGCGUAUCAGUGGUGGUCAUGCAGAGAAGCAAUGCGGAGUUGAACUGUGGGUGAAUCUCCAACAGCCGAUUGCGACCACAACCAUUGGAGGGAAAGCCUACUUCGCAGCCUCAGACUUCCAGGUGAUACACCGAGAUCCAAGAAGGCUGCUGGUUCGGGCGGAGAACAAGUACAUCAAUUGCUGGUUUUUUGUAGGACACGGGCCUCACUCCGGACGACCAAAAGAAGAACGCAGUCAAUGGUGGGCAUUCACCACUGAGAUCUUACGAGGACACCUUGAUCAACGACCAUGCUUCUGGAUGAUAGAUGCCAAUGCUGAGCCGGGCACAUCUGACAACCAGGCCGUGUUCCAGCAAGGUCUCCGUACAUCGAAAAACACAGAUUUGUGGAGGGCAUGUCUGCGAGCAUUUGACAUGAGUCUGCCUUCAACUACAUGCAUCCAUCAGGGAGAACGUGACACAUGGACAGCAAUCGACGGUGCGACCACACACUGCAUUGACUAUGUUGCUGUGCCUUCUACAUGGUUAUCUUCAUGUACGUGGUCGCAGGUUCUUCAUGAUUUAGACCUUGCAACAAGCAGAGAUGAUCAUCAUGCAGUUGGUCUGGAACUCCGAUGGCAAGAGUUGAGAGAAUGCCGAACUCCUACAAGGUCCCAGCCAAGUGUUGAAUGGUCUGCGGCUGAGAUUCCUGAUCGCAUGCGGACGGCACUGGACUCGCUGAUCAUACCGGAAUGGUCGACAGAUAUUGAACAACAUGAGAAAAGCAUCCGACAACAAGUCCAGUCUGCACUCCAUGCAAUUUCAACACAGAAGCGGAGCAUGCCCAAAAAGCCAUAUCUCACAGAUGACAUUUGGGAUGACCGCCGGUGUUUGUUGCAAUUUCGCAGAAAGCUCAAGCAAACCCGUGCCUUUUUGAGCAGAGAAUGUUUAGCCAGCGUUUUCAAAGCCUGGAGCAGCAGAAGUAGUUCAUUGACCGCCUUUGAGGAGUUUCAGUAUGGCAGCACCUUGCGCACUGGCCUGCUCCACAACAUGGCAGGGUAUGUCUCAUACAGAAAACGAGUUAGAACAAAGAUCACUUUGGCCAAGCACAAUCUGAUGCAGCAACGUCUUUCGACAGUUAAUGAGCACACGUCAGCCAGUGGUAUUCUCCAUCUUAUGAGAGACUUCACUGGGCCGACCAACCCCAAAAAGGCCAAGCAGAAGACCAUACCCAUGAUCUACAACAAGGACAAUGUACUAUGCCGUUCACCUACUGAAGCUUUGGAGGCUUGGAUCACCUUCUUUGCCAGUAUGGAAGGUGGACAAAGACAAUCAAAAGCUGAACUACGAGAAGACUGGAUUUCCUCAAUGGUCGCAAUGCAACCCACAGAGAUCAUGACUGAUGUCCGACAUAUGCCGACUUUAGUAGACUUGGAGCUGGCCUUCAGGCGUGUGGCGUGCAACAAGGCGGUCGGGCCGGAUGGAAUCCCAGGAGAGGUGUGCCACUAUGCUCCGACUAAAUGUGCACGUGCCAACAUUGCUAUCUUGUGGAAGCUGCUUUUGCUGGGACAGGAGCCCCUCAUGUACAAGGGAGGUCUUCUUGUACAAGCCUACAAAGGCAAAGGUGCAAAAACAUCCUGUGCUUCUUUCAGGUCUUUGUUGAUCUCCAGCCACUUUGGCAAAUCCAUCCAUCGAGCGCUGCGAUCCCAACAAGCAAGUGUGUUUGAAAAGUUUCUGCAAGCGCAACAGUUGGGAGGAAGAAGGGCUAUGCCCGUCACAUACGGGGUUCACUUAGCCCGGGCAUAUAUGCGACAAGCCAAAGCAGGUGGACGUUCUUGUGCGAUUGUGUUCCUCGAUCUGAAGGAAGCCUUCUACCGCAUCUUCAGACCCAUAUGCAUGAAGGACUCUGUGACUGACGAGGAUCUCGCCAAGCUGAUGCACAAGCUGAACAUGCCGGAGGAUGCAGUCGACAUGCUACGCGUUAUUCUUGCGGGUCCCAGCGCUUUGGAACAGGCGGAACUGUCAGAAAUGGAAAGCAGGUGCCUCAAAGCUGUCCAUCGUCAAACACAUUUCUGGAUGAGACAACAGGAGGAUGUAGUGCAGACGAAGUAUGGCUCGCGGCCAGGAGAUCCAUUUGCCGAUGUUGUCUUCAGUUAUGUUUGGGCUGUGGUGCUUAGAAAACUACAGCAUUUCAUGCGUGACAACGGGCUCCUUAGCUCCUUCCCCCACUUGCCGCACCUGCAGUUCUUCUCCGAUUCUUCACAGAACAUUGAUGGCAACGAGGAGUUCAUAGGGCCAACAUGGAUGGAUGAUUUGGCCGUAUGCAUAGAAGCAGAUACAUCCGCUGAGGUUGUCCGCAAGACUGGCGUGAUGACAGGUAAGCUUUUGGAGCUUUGCAUCGAGCACUGCAUGACUCCCAACCUGUGCAAGAACAAGACAGAAGCCCUUUUCUCCUUCAGAGGACCAGGCUCACGACGCUACAAGAAGCUCUUCUAUGGACCUGAUGCGUCAGGAAGUCUCGCUGUGGUGUCUGAGUACGGGAUGCACCAUGUACCGGUCACUACCAACUACAGUCAUUUGGGAGGACUCCUUCAUCACUCGACUGACCAGAAAGACGAGAUCAAAAGACGCAUUGGCAUAGCCUGCGCGGCCUUCAAUCACCACAGCAAGUUGAUCUUCCGCAAUUGGAGCUUGCCCUUAGCCAAGCGCACUCAGCUAUUUGAAUCUCUAGUUCUGAGUAAGCUUUUGUACGGGGCAGAAACAUGGGUGGUGACGGAGAAUGCCACGGUAGCGCUUUUCAAUGCAGCUGUGAUUAAGCUGUACCGCAGACUCCUUCGGGUGCAGCCUGAUCAGCAUUUGGCUGAUGAUGCCAUCCUGUCCCAGGUUUGUCUGCCCAGUCCAAUUGAGCUUGUCAGGAGAGCGAGGCUCAGAUAUGUUGCUACACUAUUUCAUUGCGGUGAACGCAGUGAAUGGGGACUCCUGGCAAAGGACAUGGCAUGGACUUCGCUGGUGGAGGAGGACAUGGUCUGGGUCUGGGACAACAUUUGGCACAGCUCCACGAUGCCGGACCCCCGCACCAAUUGGAGUGCAUGGAAGGAACUGAUUGUCCAUCACCGCUCAUACUGGAGACGGCUUGUCCGUCGCGCGUGUGAGCAUGCCAUUGCCCAACGACGCAAAGUGUGGCUGACGCAUCAGUUUUAUGAGCAGAUGACGAUCAUUCUUCGCAAGAUCUACGACUACGAGCCGCAUGACAACUGGAACCCCCCUCGGGACAUACCCGUCUACGGAUGUCUUCAAUGCCAGAAGCAGUGCCGAAACAAAGCGGGUGAAGCAGCACACAUGUUCCGGGCGCAUCAGCACGUGGCCAAGCGCAGAUUUCUGAGCGACUCCACCGCGUGUCCGUCCUGCCUCAAGGAAUAUCACACUAUGCAAAAGCUCAUGGCACACUUGUACUAUGUCAACUCAUGCCGUCAGACCUUGCUGAGUAGAAACUACGUUUGCCCACCAGGGCCAGGAGCAGGUUCGCAAGAAGACCAAGUACUAUGUCGUGUACAUGAUCGCAUGUUGCCACCGCUCCAGACGGAAGGACCUCAGCUUCCAGAGCCGAGAAUGAGAGAGGAGACAGAAGUGGAUAAUGACCUCCACCUCUUCUUCAUGGAAACCUUCUUAGACGCCAACGACCUGAAUGAGGCAAUGAGCGUCUUUGAACAAGAGGCUCAGCAGAGACCAUUAUCCUGGACUACGUGGACAAGCACUCUCCGCUACUUCAUGGAUAACCUGGAGGAUGAGGAUGUGCACAGAUGGCAAACCACAGCGUUGCGAGCCCGCACAAAACUCGAAGGCUUGCUUCAGCCAGAGAAGUGGAAUCUGUGCGCCGUAGCCACACAUCAACAUGAAAGUCUUUCUGACCUGGAGCAAGAAAGCAGAGACGUUGCGGGCACAUCUUGGCCCCAGCGUACUCACAUCCCGCCAGCGUUUGGGAAACACCGAGUGUUGCUCCACAUGUUUUCGGGAAGACGCCGAGUGGGAGACGUGCAAUUCUUUUUGGAUCGCAUGACCCCUCCGGACAACUAUGUGCUCCACGUUGUCAGCAUGGACGUGGUGGUUGACCGCGUUUGGGGGGACGCGAUGGCUCCUGGUACAAGAGACUACUGGUUGAGGGCGGCCACCGACGGCUACAUUGCAGCCUUUCUUGCAGGCCCGCCCUGCGAAACCUGGUCUAAAGCGAGAGGCCAACAACUCAAGCAGGCCCGCCACAGUCGAGGUCCUCGAAUCCUGCGGACCGAGGACCACCUUUGGGGCUUGCCAUGUCUGGCUUUGAAAGAGGUGCAACAGGUCAUCACUGGCAAUGAGCUGCUUACAUUUACGCUACUCAUGGCUGGGAAAGUGAUCUGCACUGGUGGUUCAGGGGUGGUCGAACAUCCCGCCGAACCGGAAGAACCACAGGCAGCUUCGAUCUGGAAGCUGCCGGCAAUGCUUGCUCUUCUUCAAGCACCAGGUGUCCAACGACAUCGUCUAUGCCAAGGACUCUUUGGUGCUCCUUCAGCGAAACCGACUGAGCUCCUCACGAUCAACCUGCCCAGACUGCCGCUCCAUCUUCAAGCAUGGAUGACGCGGUCUGAGAACCCGAGAGGACAGGCAAUUGGUCUGACUGAGGACGGAUUUUGGCGUACCGGAUAUCUCAAAGAAUAUCCGCCAGCUAUGUGCGGAGCACUAGCCGAUGCUUUCCGCACCAGACUAGAUUCUAUUGGUGCGACGACCGGGGUCGAACCAUCCGAAGCUAACAAAGCUCUGUGGCGUUCACUUACUGUGACAGCGUACAGCAGCCACAUGGGAGCUGAUUAUGCCGGAUGA